UGGAUUGAUGAUGUUAUGAUUCGAUUUACGUUUUUGAUCUUGAGCGAAACGUUGGCUGUUUAUCAUUGAGAGCUUUAUUCUAAAGAAUAAGGAUACUUAUUUGUGAAUAUGGAGAUUUCUCAACUUACUGUGUUUCUGUGUUUAAUAUACUAUUGUACAGCCGGCGGAGUGUUUAACACUUGUUUGGUUUCUUCGGUUGACCAGAACGGACAUCCUACCCAAUGCGGUGGAAUUGUGGGAGCACGGUGCCCUUCCGACACUGAUGACUGUCCGUAUCUCCCGAAUUCCGACUUUGGCAACUGCUGUGUCGGGUGUGGUCCCAACGUUUCCCAACCCACGCAGAAAUGCCGGAAUAGUAGGAGCUGCGGCAGACGCGGGCGCUGUGUUAAGGCAAUAAAUAACCAGAUUGGUCUAGGCGUCUGUUGCCCAUCUCGACCUGGCGGCUACUAAAACAGACCAAUGCCGCUGACCAAGUCGCCAUCGGAAGCUGACGUUUUCUUUUCCUUAAACUGUUUUCCUGUAUGUUUGUUUCCCUAUUACGCCACAGGAAUGUUUAAUCAACAAAUAUGAAGAACUGUUUUGUAAUUGAUACGACUAUAUAAAUAUACGCGUAUGCGUAAAUGAAAGAAGUUGAUUAAAAGUGUUGAUCUGAAAGAAAAAAAAAACAGUAAUAAGUGUAUUAAUUUAGCGGAAGUACCCUCGACGGGGUAUGUAUAUGACAUUUUGAUAUCUCUUGUCGCUUAUGGAGACACGCAUAUUUUACAGACAAGAAGAUGAUAAAAAGUAAAG